GGCGACGCAACCCAAGCAAGCACGCUUUGUCGUCGCUACCUUGCAGCGAUCAGAAAGCAACGAUGCCGGUCGAGAAGACGGGCGCCCUCAAGGCGCUGGGCACGGUCGUGCACACGGCGUAUGAUGGGUACGUGACGGAGAGCACCUUCGCCGUCGACGCCUCAAAACCGCCGCUCUGCUGGCGGACGCAAGUCGCCGGCAAGGGCUUGUCCGGCGAGUGCAAGGGCGAGUCCUGCAUCAGCCUCGCGACGGCGAAGGGCCAGCUCGACGCGUACGCGAGCGGCACGGGCGUCUCGGGCGACUGCGCCGGCAUUUUGAAGGCGCUGACGGCGGCGGGCCUCGGCGACCCGGACGCCAUCCGCGAGGCCGAGCGCAAGGCCGAGCAGGCCGCGUACAUGGCGGCGGAGGACUACUAGGCGCGUGUGUAAAAAAGGCGCCGGUC